AUGGCGGUCCUCGAGGACAUCCGCGACCUGCUCCAGGCCAUCUGCGAGGCGCCGACGCAGCUGCCAUCACUCGACGAGUACGAAGCGCUGCUCGACGAAUGGCGGCAGCAGGCGACGGCGGUGCUAAAUACGCUCGACCAGCAGAGCGAGACGGAAACGAUGCGGUCGGACCUCAUGAGCGACACCAUGAGCCUGUUCUCGCUGGACCCGUCGUCGCUCGCGAGCCACACGGACGCUGCGUCCAUCACGCACUUGGACAUUGCGGUACUGCACGCAUCGCCGUUCCUACUGCGCCUGCCCGACCACCGGCUCCUGCCGCUGCCCGAGCUCAACAUACGCCACGAGCAACGGAGCCUGCACAAGAUCUUUCACGAGAGCAAGCGAGCGCUGCGGACGAUGCAAGGCGUCAUGACGGUCGACUCGCUCCGCGAAGUGCUCGACCGCGACGUCCAGGUGCUCCACUUUAGUGGCCAUGGCGGCGUCGUGGCGUCCGGCCCCGACGCCCUCGUGUUUGAGGACCCGCACGCGACCGGUCUCGGGCAGCUCGUCGAUGCGCGCCACCUCUCGUCGAUCCUCCGUGCAGGCUGCGCCUCGACCAGCGUCAAGCUCGUCUUUGUCUCGUCGUGCCACUCGGCCGAGGUCGGCCGCGUCUUCAUCAACGCUGGCGUCGAGCACGUGGUGUGCGCGCGCCAGGACGAGCGCGUUCUGGACGAGACGUCCAUCUUGUUUGCGCAGUCCUUCUACCAUGCGCUCGUGCAUGGGAAGACCGUGCCGCAGGCGUUUGAGAUCGCACAGACCCGCGUCCGCGCCGAGGUCGCCGACGAAAGCAACAAGUUCUUAUUGCUGCAACACCCGCGUGUGCACGCCGAUUGCGGCCACGCCGAGUACGCCCAGUGCGUCUCGACGCCGCUCUUUGCAGAGAUCCCAAUCGGGCCCUACGUGACGCUGACGCAGCAUUUACACCACGCGAGCCGACCAAGCAGCAGUCUCCCGCCCAUGCCAUCGGUCUUUUUAGGUCGAGAGAUGGAGCUCCAUGCGCUCUGCAGUGCGCUCCCGUCGCAGCGCCUACUCACGAUCCGCGGCUCGCCCGGCAUUGGGAAAAGCACGUGUGCGCUCAAGGUCGGUCACUACCUCGCCGAGCGCCACGUGUACGAGCACGGCGUCUUCUUUGUGAGCGCGCGCGGGGUGCAAAGUGUCGAGUCGCUCGAGGCAUCGAUCCGGUCGGCCGUCAACGCCGAUGACGCGUCGUCGUCGAUGGUCCACGCGCCGCUCUCGUCGGUUCUCCACCACGUGCUCUUGAUCUUGGACAACAUGGAAGACCCGUACCAAGCCAACGGCGUGGCCGUCCAGAGCUUUUUGCGGCAGCUCCUCGACGCGUGCCCGCAGUUGCGACUCCUUCUGACAUCGCGCGUCGCGAUGCAACUGCCGGACGAAAAGAUUAUGAGUCUCAGCCGGCUCUCGAGCGUCCACGCCGUGCGUCUCUUUCUCAAGAAGGCGCCGCGGCGGCUGCAAGAAGCCACCGAUUUCUACGCAGCGCCCGGUGUGCUGGAAGAUCAGCUCCGCGACCACCCGCUCCUCGCGUUCCUCGACGGUCAUCCCCAAGCCAUCUCGCUCUGCGCCUCGCUGCUUCUGGACAAGACGCUGCCCGAGCUCACGCAAGCCAUGGUGUCACCCGACGCGUCCGCGUCACUGCCACCGCUCAUGGCCUCGCUGACUGUCUCGGUCGCGUCGCUGCCGAGCGACGACGUGCGCAACUUCUUCGCGCUGCAGGGUCUCUUCCCCGGCGGCGGGCUCGCCAUGGACUUUAAAGCGAUGCUCGGCGCCGACUUUGAGGCCCACGCGUCGCUCCUCGUGCGGUUUUCGCUGCUGCAGAAGCAGUACCCGCAGGCCAAAGUGGUGCGGGACCCGAUCAUGCUCAGCGCGUGGACGCACUACAGCGGGUACGUGGGCGGCCGCGACAAGUUCACGUCAGUGCACCGCAGUCGCAAGGCCCACCAAGAAGAAAAGGUCCAGACCACCGUGGCCCAAGCCUCGAUGCUCUCGCUCUCGACCAUCUACUCGACGUUUCCGUUCAUUUCGAGCUUUGCGCGCCAUUGGCUCUCGACCGAACCGACGAUCGGCCACAACCUCGAGAAGCUCUGCGCCAAGCAUUUUCAAAAAAGCAUCCGGUGGAUCUACCGCUACAUUGGCACCUUUGGCCCGUUCUCGUCGGCCGCCUAUGUGCUCUUUGACAUUCAAGAGCCGAAUCUCUGGAUGUGCCUCGAGCGCUUUCUGGAGAAGCACCAAGAUGCAGUCAACGACAGCAAGCGCGAGCUCGUGGCCGCGGCGCUGCCUGGCGCCUCCGAUAUGGAUGUCAACUCGAGCGAGGACGCGCCGUCGUCCUCCUACACCCCGGCCGUGACGACGACGACGGACGAUCCGAGCGCCGAGCUCAGCAGCGAAAGCAGCGACAAGGCGACGAUCGGAGCCAGAAAGAUUGUCCGCAAGAAGCACCGCAAGUCGGAUCCGAAACUCGCGCUUGUCGUCGCCGACAUGGCGUGUUACUUUGCCCACACGCUGUACCUCGCGGGCCGCCAUGACGGCGCGACCCGGGCCGCGACGCUCGGCAUCGGUCUCUGCAAGCAGUAUGGCUUCCGCGGGGUGGAGGCCAAUUUGCGCAAGCUUAUGGGCGUCAUCUUGAUCAACGAAAAGAAGCUCGACGACGCCAAGGCGCAGUUUGGGAUCGCGCUCAUCCUCUACAAGUCGACCGUCUCCAAGAUCGGCCAUGCGACCGCCAUGACGGGCGUGGGCCUCGUGCACUCGCGGCAAGGCAACCUGCGCGGCGCACACGCGUGCUUUGUAAAGGCGCUAACCAUGUACGAGUGGAGCCACCACGUUGUGGGGCAGCUCAACUGCCACCAGCGCCUCGGGCACCUCGAGAAGAAGCUCAAGCUCGGCGAAGAGAGCGACGUGACGCAGCAUUAUGCCGCGUGUCGACGGCUCCAAGGUGACCUCAACCUCCACCGCAAGGAAGAUCAGGACGGACUCCGCUGGGUCGGCCACGAGAUGAGCCUCCUCCUCGAGAUCGCCGACACGCACGUCGCGUCGACAAAGAAGACCCACCCGGCGCGGUCGAGCAAGACGCCGGCCAGUCAUACUAUCGCGGCGCAGAGUACCGUCGAGAGCAGCGACGAGAGCAGUUUUGCCAAGCGAAAAACGUACGACAGCACGCGGCGCCGGUCCAGCGGCAACCAAAAACAACUCUUUCCGGACGCUACCCCGCCCGUCCCCUCACCGAUCAGCUAG